AUGUUUAUCAGAAUACCAUUUCUACUCUAUUUGGCGCUUACUUUAUCCAAACUUGUGUGUUGCAUGGAAAGUGAACUUUGCUUUCCUGUCAGGCUAAAAAACUCCAAUCAUGACAGAAGGACUUUUUCUGACAACGACGUGGAUCUCUCUAAAGGGAAAAGUGUCAUAAAAAUAAGGGCAUUUCAUCAGGAAUUAUUGCUUGAUUUACGCCAGGACUCUAGUUUUAUGUCAUCAAGUAUUUCUAACCAAGACGCACCGAAGCUAUCCAACAGCGAUGUCACGCACGAGUUGCACCGGUGUUUCUACUCUGGAUACGUCAACGAUGACAGCAACUCCUAUGCAGCGCUGAGUCUUUGUAAUGGUUUACAGGGUGCCUUUGGCUUCCAUGGAUGGGAAUAUUUUAUAACUCCGGUCCAGAAUGAUACAAGAACUACAGAAGGUGCGCACAUACUCCGGCGCAGAACCAGCCGUAACUUGACGCCAAACGCCACGUCCAGAUGUGCCGUGGACAGUGACAUAAGUCAACAGCUUGUGCAAUCACUGGAGAAAUACAGACACUUAGCAGAUGACAACAAUGUGACCAAUACGAUUCAGAAAUUGGGGAGAUCCAAAAGGUUUGCGUCAGUCCCCAGAUACGUGGAGACGCUCAUAGCGGCGGACGAGUCAAUGGCACAGUUUCACGGCGAUGACCUAAAGCACUACAUCCUUACGCUGAUGUCAGUGGCUGCGCGACUAUACAAGCACCCCAGUAUUCUCAACUCAAUCAGCAUCGUAGUCGUAAAGAUAAUUGUGAUAACUGAAGCUGACAAAGGACCCAAGGUGUCCGGGAACGCAGCAAUGACUCUCAGAAACUUUUGCACUUGGCAGAAAAAGAUGAACAAGAACACAGAUAAGCACGCAGAAUACUGGGACACGGCAAUUCUAUUUACAAGAGAGGACCUGUGUGGAGCCUCCACCUGUGACACUCUGGGCAUGGCAGAUGUUGGCACCAUGUGUGACCCAAAGAGGAGCUGCUCUGUGAUCGAAGACGACGGCCUGCCCUCUGCCUUCACCACGGCUCAUGAACUCGGGCAUGUGUUCAACAUGCCACACGACAAUGUAAAAGCCUGUGACGAUGUCUUUGGGAGACUGCAGGAUAACCACAUGAUGUCUCCUACACUGAUCCAGAUCAACCGCACCAGCCCCUGGUCUUCCUGCAGUGCUGCUAUCAUCACAGAGUUUUUGGAUGGGGGACAUGGGGACUGUUUACUGGACCCACCGCAGAAGCCCCUGGUCCUCCCUGAUGUGCUGCCCGGAGUGACCUACAGUUUAGACCGUCAAUGUGAGCUUGCAUUUGGGGAGGGAUCCAAGCCAUGCACCUUUAUGCAGCCUCCAUGUGGUCGCUUGUGGUGCACAGGGAAGUCCAAUGGUCAUCCUGUGUGUAUGACCAGGCAUUUUCCCUGGGCUGAUGGCACGCCUUGUGGUGAGGGACAGAUCUGCGACCGCGGAAUAUGCACCAAUAAGAUGGCUGUGCAAACUGUGAAGGUGGAUGGUCGUUGGGGUAAGUGGGGUGCUUUUGGCCCCUGCUCUCGCUCAUGUGGAGGGGGUGUCCAACUCUCCAAAAGGGAGUGUAGUAACCCAUUUCCAUCAAACGGGGGGAAAUACUGCCAAGGCGUCCGUGUCAAAUACCGUUCCUGCAGCUUCAACCACUGCCCCGACAAUGGGAAGACCUUCAGAGAGGAGCAGUGUGAGAACAGUGGACGCAGUUUCAACAACAAUCGCAUUGCUACCUCCGCUGUUUGGGUGCCUAAGUUUUCUGGUGUUUCUGCUAACGACAGGUGCAAACUCAUCUGUAGGGCUAACGGCACCGGGUACUUCUAUGUCCUUGCUCCAAAGGUGGUAGAUGGCACCCCAUGCUCCCCCGAUGCAACAGGAGUAUGUGUCCAAGGAAAGUGCAUCAAGGCUGGUUGUGAUGGAAGAAUUGGUUCGGCUAAAAAGUUUGAUAAGUGUGGCGUAUGUGGAGGUGACAACAAAGGCUGCAAGAAAGUGUCAGGACUCUUCACAAGGCCAAUACAUGGAUACAACUUCGUGGUCAUGCUUCCAGUGGGCGCUGCCAACAUCGACAUCAGACAGCGAGGUUACAAGGGAAUGGCAAGUGAUGACAACUAUCUGGCUGUAAAGAGCAGUAAUGGACAGUAUGUGCUGAAUGGGAACUACGUUGUGUCCUCUGGGGAGCGAGACAUCAUUGUAAAGAACAGUCUGAUGCGCUACAGUGGCACCUCUGGCGCCUCUGAGACUCUGCAGGCGGUCAAACCUAUAGGAGAAUCUUUAACUGUUGAGGUGCUGUGUGCCGGCCGGAUGACCCCGCCCCGAAUCCGCUACUCCUUCUAUCUGCCCCGACAGACCAAAGAGGACAAGGCCUCAAAGAAGGACACACGUAUAAACUCCCACAAUAGUGUCCUAGCAGAGGAUGAUAAGGACAGCCUGAAAAAUGUAUAUACGAAGGAGGAGCCUGGUCUGGAGAAGUGGCUCUCCACAAACUGGGACAAGUGCUCGGUAACCUGUGGUAAUGGGCUGCAGAGGAGGUUGGUUCAGUGUCUGCGACCGGAUGGUAAGCCUGGUUUUGAUUGUGAUCCUGCACAGAGACCCCCAGCCACCAGGAUGUGUGGAGAGCCCUGUCCCGAGUGGAGGGUGGGGAACUGGUCCCCAUGCUCCAGGACCUGUGGCAAAGGAUUCAAGAGGCGCCCCCUGGACUGCAGAGCUCCCACGGGACACCUGCUGCCCCGAGAACACUGCACGGACCUGCGUAAACCACAGGAGCUGGACUUCUGUAACCUCAGCCCAUGUUAGGGACUCUUGGUCAGGAGCAGAUUUUAUACUUUCAAAAACUGAUGGAUAAUAAAUGUUGAGAUUUAAGUCUCUGCAGAGAUGACUAUAUUACAUUUAAGGGUCUAAUUUAAAGAAACAACACAACACAUUUUAAAUGUUAUUUAUCCCAUGUCAGCAGGUUCUGAAUCUCCAUAAAGCCCCACCUGCCUUAGACUCAGCGUUUAUGUUUGGGGCUUCUGCAAUACAAAGAUGAACAAACAAACAAGAGCGUUUGUGUUUAUAAGCACCCUGCUGCAUGUUGCUCGCCACCUGUCUCUUGUUAUUUUUCAGGGAGUUUUUAGAUUCUUGAAAUAAGAAAUAAAAUGCAUCACUCCAGAGUUCUUGCUGCUCAACACGUAGCCAAGUUCUUUGCCACAGCUGCUACCCUGCUGCUGUAUUGAUUAUCUAAACCAAAUAUUAUCUUAAAGCCAAUUUGCUUGCAGCUGUUUAGGACACAAAUGUGAACACAUUCUUCACAGCCAUAUGUUAGAAAAGAUUAGCCAUAUUCAAUUAUUUUCUAGUGAAAAAUGGAAGUGUUUCUGUGUUCGGAACAAAGCUACUAUUUGUCUUAAUGAGACUGAUAAAGCUUUGUAGAAUCUUAGCUGAACUGUUCCAGGAAUUUACAAGUUGCUCAUUAUUUUUCAGGGUUUGUUUGAUUAAUAGCAAUAAACAACAUUUAUUGUGUGUGUAUUGGAAAGAUUUGUAAAGUCUGCUAUGGGGAUUUAUAAAUGCUUAUCCCUAAGUAAAGUUUUUCUUUCCUCCUAGAGAAGCAACAUAUGUGUGAUUUGAACAGAGCUGGACAGUCCAACAUUCACUAGUAAAAUUUGAUGGGCUUACUAACAGAUUCUUAUGUUCUUGGUGUUCCAUUGUUGCCCUGUGUCCACAGUGUACAUCAGGUCGUAGAGCCUGUUAAAUCAUGCUCUUCUGGCACGGUUUACACACAUCAUUUAUUAUCAAUGAAAGGCUACACGUUAGGGAAGAAAAGCUGGCAGUGCCUUUGUUAUACUGUUAUGAUUGUGUCUCUCCUCAUCCAGAGCACAGCUGUCCUUUAGUCCAGUACUAUCUCCACUUU